UUGUCUACUAGCUAGUAUGGUGCGAAUGUUGGAAGAAUGGAGGCACAACAAAGGCCGAGGAUGGCGGCAACCCAUUACUUGAUCUUAAAAUCUCACAUCUACUCUACCCCACAAUACCACUUCAAAAAAGAAAUCGUACCAGAUUUGCAUUAAAGAGUUAGAGAGGCAUAAGAAAAUCCCAUAAGCAUAAAGCUUUUCUCUUUUGCAGAAACUCAAAAAAAGUUGGUCUAGUACUACUCGAGAAGAGAGUUGUGUGUGGUGAGUGAGAGAGUAAAGGAAAGUUUUGGUUUUUCUAUUUGAGGAAAGUGGUUUUUAAUAUUAUGAUUAGGAUGGAUAGCUUAGACUUUGUAAACAAGGAAGCCAAAAGAGAGAGCAGUAGUGUGAAACUGCAAAGCAGCAAUAUUGAGGAGUCAUUUACUAACAAGGUGAUUAUGUUUCAUCAUGAAAAUCACCACCGUCCAUUUUCAUCAUCAUCAUAUGAGGUAAAGGUUGGGGAUGGUCGUGAUGGUCCCACAUGUAAAAACAGGUCUAUAAUAAGUAAUGAUACAUACGAUGUUGUUGUUGGUGGUUCUGGUUCUGCUGUUGCUGUUACCCAACAACAACAUACUCGUGGUAGUGCAGGUGUAAGAACUGUGCAGCCUUUUGACACUGCUACAACUCCUCACACCGCCUCCAAAUCCCCAGCAGUGAGGAUGGCAGCAUCUUUGGGGUUUCCUUUUACAAUUGCACAGUGGAGAGAGCUUGAAAGACAAGCUAUGAUAUACAAGUACAUGAUGGCUUCUGCUCCUAUUCCUCCUGAGCUACUCAUUCCCACUUGCAGAAACACUUCUGACCCAGCUGCUUCCCACUCUCUCUUGGGCGGUAGUGGUUUUAAUCUGAGGCUGUCGAACAGUACAGAUCCAGAGCCAGGUAGGUGCAAGAGAACAGAUGGGAAGAAAUGGAGGUGCUCUAGAGAUGUGGCACCUGAUCACAAGUACUGUGAACGUCACUUACAUAGAGGCCGUCCCCGUUCAAGAAAGCCUGUGGAAAUUCAUACCAAAACUGAAAACAUCAUCAACAACAACAGCAGCAGCAACAACAACAACAACAUAAUCAAGAGGACACGCCGUGAAGAUUAUCAUGUUCUUCCUACUACUUCUUCCCCUGUUACUGUGGCUUAUCCUAACCCCACGAUCAACACCAAUGGCUUUCCAUCUCAGUUUCUUGGACCUGCUCAGCCAUACCAUCAGCCCACUGUUGCAUCACACAAGGAACCUUGGUGCUUGGACUGGAUGGUGAAAGGAGCACAUGUUCCCACGGCUACCUAUGACCAACAAUGGUACCCUAUGAUGGAAACGAAAAUGGGAUUCACCUCUGGGAAUUCUUUCUCUAACACCAAUGCUCCUGUCUUCAAACAAAGAUACGCAGAGGGGCCUUUGAAUCUGAAUUUAUAUGAAUGUUUCAGAAACUAUGAAGAUUCACGCAACAAAGAUUGCGCUUUGUCAUUUAAUUCAGAUAUGGUUUCUACACAAAAGCCUGACACAGGAGCUACAAGGGGUUUCAUUGAUGCAUGGUCUAAUUCAAUAACACAGGAAAACAUAGCCAACUCUAGCGCCAUGUGCUCUGUCUCACCAAAUGGGAGGCUCUCACCGUCUUCACUCACUCUAUCAGUGGGUGGUGGUAACUCCAUUGGUGAAGAAAUGGGUAAAUUCCCAAUGGGGUUAGGCCUAUUUGGAAGGGAUCAAAGCAAUGACAAUGGUACCAAAUCUCAUCUCACAAACUGGCUCACCCCUGCUUCCUCAGUUGCUUCCACACCAGGUGGACCAUUAGCUGAGGUUCUAAGGCCAAGCAUAGCUGGGGCAGCAUCGAAUUCCUCGUCUCCAAUUGCAGGAAAUGGUGAUUUGGGUAGUUCUCCGGUGACUAUGGUCUCAUCGCCAUCUGGGGUUCUUCAGAGAACACUUCCUUCAUUAUCUGAUAGUAGUGGUAACAGCAGCAGCUCAACCAUUGUGAGUUCAGCUGUCAAUCCUGAAAUGGCUUUGCUCUGGUUGAAUUAGAGUGAAUUAGGACCAUGAUCUUCUUGAAUCGACAUGAUGAAUUAUAGAGUUAAUUUGUUCUUUCAGUUUGUGAUAGGUUCCUUUCAUUAUGAUCAUCUUAGUUUUGCAUAAUUUUUUAGUUGUGCAUUUUGGACUGGGAAUAGCUUUUUGGGGAUAUUCUAAAAUUCUCUGCAACUGUAAGGUCUAAUGAAAGAAUAUCUGCUUUGGAGUUGUGGUUA